UAACAGGCGAGUGGUCCCGUUUCCUAGUGACGAUGUAAAAAUUCCUCUUGCGAUAGCGAUGGCGAUUCAAGGGUAUAGAGCGCGAACCUAUAGCCUUGCCAAUCCUGCGCCGGCGGUGCAACAACAAUUGGAGCCAUUACAAACACAGACGCAACAGGAGCAAGCUGGACAGACUGCACAGGGAUUAGUCACAGUACAGGCACCUGCUAUUCAAUUACACCCCUACGUGACCGGUGCCACAGUUCAGAAUGCGGAUCAGCAACUUCAAAUGGCUCACCAGCAAGCUGCCCAGCAGCAGGCACUAGUGCAGCAGCAGCAGCAGCAGGCAAUAGUCGCGCAGCAGCAAGUACAAGCAACUGCAGCUCAACAGCACGCAGCUGCAGCACAACACCUUGCAGCUCAACAGCAGGCGACCGCCCAGCAGCAAGCAGCUCAGCAACUCGCGAUGCAACAGCACGCAGCUGCAGCUCAACAGCUUUCAGCUCAACAGUACGCAGCGGCGGCUCAACAGCAGGCGGCUCAACAGCACGCAGCUGCAGCACAACAGCUUGCAGCUCAGCAGCACGCAGCUGCAGCUCAGCAGCACGCUGCUGCAGCACAACAGCUUGCAGCUCAGCAGCACGCAGCGGCGGCUCAACAGCAGGCGGCGGCUCAACAGCACGCAGCUGCAGCACAACAGCACGCAGCUGCAGCACAACAGCUUUCAGUUCAACAGCACGCAGCUGCAGCACAACAGCUUCCAGCACAACAGCUUCCAGCACAACAGCUUCCAGCACAACAGCUUCCAGCACAACAGCUUCCAGCACAACAGCUUCCAGCACAACAGCUUCCAGCACAACAGCUUCCAGCACAACAGCUUCCAGCACAACAGCUUCCAGCACAACAGCUUGCAGCACAACAGCUUGCAGCUCAACAGCACGCAGCUGCAGCACAACAGCUUGCAGCUCAACAGCACGCAGCUGCAGCACAACAGCUUGCAGCUCAGCAGCAGGCGACCGCCCAACAGCAAGCAGCUCAGCAACUCGCGAUGCAACAGCACGCAGCUGCAGCUCAACAGCAGGUGGCUCAGCAGCAUGCAGCGGCGGCUCAACAGCAGGCGGCUCAACAGCACGCAGCUGCAGCUCAACAGCAGUUCCUUCAACAGCAGAGUCAGCAACAACAAGUAGAAUCUCAAUCUUCUCAGCAAGGCAGGUUUCUCAUGAGUGUCAGGUACGAUGACGUUAAGCCUCCCACGAGCGCGACUCCCACCCCGCAGGGGCCGGGCGUAGUGCGUCUGGCACCGGCCAUGAGCUCUGGCGCCGCUUCCUCUAGCCAUCAACCAGUAGUGCCGCAACAUGAUCCGAUGCCUACCAUAGCACCGCAACACGAUCCGUCACCUCCUUUUAUAAAUUGUGUGGCUGUACUAAGGGGAACACCAGUACACGAUCCGCCACCUCCCGUUGGAAAUUGUGUGGCUGUAAAUCCAUCAGCGUCAGCAGCUGCUACAGGGCCAGGGGCUUCAUCUUCUGUUCUGGCACAAGAUGUUACUGCAGGAGCUCAACAUGUACAUGCGCCAGCUCCUCGUGCUACAUUGAACCAUGCUAAAAUGCCCUCAUCCUCUUCAGAUGGAGUCAGUGGAACUUCGGUUACAACUGCAGCACCCCAGCUAGCACCAAGUCAUGACAACAGUAUGGCGUCUAUUUCGUCUGCAGGUGAAGGAAACCCUGAGGGCUUCUAUCAUCAACAUGAACUACCUGAUCCUAGUACAAGCCCAACAAGCUGGACCAUGGGAGAAACUGGGGAUGCAAGUGCUAUGGCUUGGAUGAACAUGGUAGGAGGCGCAGUAGAUCCAAGUACAACUAUCUCUUGGAUGAACAUGGUAGGACAGGAACAGGAUCAGAGUACCGGAGAUGGUAUGGGAGAUCCGAACUGGAUGGGAGCUGCAGUGUCCGAACAUGGAGAUCAAGACGGAGCACCAGUUCAAACAGGAGCGGUGUCCGAACAUGGAGAUCAAGACGGAGCACCAGUUCAAACAGGAGCAGUGUCCGAACAUGGAGAUGAAAACUUUCAGUUGUUUCCAGAAGAAACCUUCCACUCUGAUGAGGAUCAGGAGAUGCAAGACGCACAUCAAAUGCAGCAGCCUCUCUCACCUACAUCAAGGGGACUAGAGCUGUUGGCGACAACAGCACCGGCGACCGUGGAACUAUUGAGAGCAGGUGCAAAUGACCCAGAGGCCUUCCCUGAUCCGAAGUAA